AGAAGACGAAGAAGAAUGUAAUCUAGAUGACGUCGUGACGUAGGCGGGGCCAGAAAAGACUUUUUCAAGCUCGCGCAGGCAGCCAGGAGACCGAAAUGGCGGCGCCAGCAGAAAGGAUGGAGGUUUCUCAGGGGGAGAGCUCAGCCAAGCCUGCAGCUGAGGAUAUGACGUCAAAGGACUACUACUUCGACUCAUACGCCCACUUCGGCAUCCAUGAGGAGAUGCUGAAAGAUGAGGUUCGCACUCUGACCUAUCGUAAUUCCAUGUUCCACAACAAGCAUCUGUUUAAGGACAAGGUGGUGCUGGACGUGGGCAGUGGUACAGGCAUCCUCUGCAUGUUCGCUGCCAAAGCUGGAGCCAAGAAGGUUAUAGGGAUCGAGUGCAGCAGCAUCUCAGACUACGCUGUGAAAAUUGUCAAGGCAAACAAGAUGGACGACGUUGUGACCAUCAUCAAGGGGAAGGUGGAGGAGGUGGACCUGCCCGUGGAAGGAGUAGACAUCAUCAUAUCAGAGUGGAUGGGCUACUGCCUCUUCUAUGAGUCCAUGCUCAAUACAGUCAUUUAUGCCAGGGACAAGUGGCUGAAACCAGAUGGACUCAUUUUCCCCGACAGAGCAACCCUUUAUGUCACUGCCAUCGAAGACAGGCAGUACAAGGACUACAAAAUCCACUGGUGGGAGAACGUGUAUGGUUUCGAUAUGUCUUGCAUCAAGGAGGUGGCAAUUAAGGAACCCCUGGUUGACGUGGUGGACCCAAAGCAGCUGGUCAGCAGUGCAUGUCUCAUCAAGGAGGUGGACAUCUACACGGUGAAGGCGGAUGACCUGACCUUCACCUCACCGUUCUGCCUGCAGGUGAAGAGGAAUGACUACAUCCACGCUUUGGUCACCUACUUCAACAUAGAGUUCACCCGCUGUCACAAGAGGACCGGCUUCUCCACCAGCCCAGAGUCUCCCUACACCCACUGGAAGCAGACCGUUUUCUACCUGGAUGAUUAUCUGACUGUCAAGACUGGAGAGGAGAUCUUUGGCACAAUCAGCAUGAAGCCAAACGUCAAGAACAAUAGAGACCUGGACUUCACCGUAGACAUCGACUUCAAGGGUCAGCUGUGUGAGGUGUCGAAGACGUCAGAGUACCGGAUGCGUUAGUCGCCGUCUCUCCUGGUGUUAGUUUGUUAGUUUAGUAGAGGACAGAUUAUACUGUUUGACUCGGAGUCUAUACGAUAGUUUGACGCUCCCCAUGCAGCAACAUUUUAAUAACUGUCUUUUUUUUUUUGUCAUUUUCUUGUUCAGACAUUAACAGUAUUUAAAAAAAGGUCUUCACAUCCUUGGGGGGGUCAAAGUGCUUUUGUCGUUGUGACGUAGUCACUCAACAAAACGUGUGUGUGUUUGACAUGCGCCUGGUGUUUGUGUCCAAUAUCUUGGGUUUUGCUCAGGGGUUCUCGUCCUUUUGCAUGUGCAAGUGUCUAUAUAUGGUGUCAUCCAUAUAGACGCCAACACAAGAGCCGUGUCGACAUGUCUGCAUAGUAUUACUGUUCAGUCACUUUGGCCCUCUGUUUGGUCCUUACAUGACCCAGCUACUGAUCUCCCCUUAUUUCUCAUUCCUUUUGAAACUGUACGUGGAGAUUUGGGAUUUCCGUAUCCUCAAGAAACCCUUCCUCUUCCACUUAUGUCCCAGUUAAUAGAAACCAUAUGUAACUGACAAGAAAGCUAUCCAGCAAACACCUUAGGUCCGGUUUAAAAAAAAAAAAAAAAAAACGUUUAAAAAAAAAAAAAGAGAAAGAUAAUAAUACAACAAAGGGUGUGGUGCCGGUGUGAAUACAGAGCGCCAGGUUCCAAUUAGAAGACCGAGUACAAACCAGGAAGCGUGUCAAGACUCUGAGGCAACAGCAUGCUCUUUAAAAGUUCUCACAAACUAUGUCCCAAAAUUCCAUACUAAUUCUACACAGUACAUACUAAUUGUCAGUAUACUGUUUUAGCAUGUAGUAUACAAAACUGUCCAGAUCCUUUUUUAACAUUUAAGCAGGAAUAUGUGUAUGUUGGAUGUAAAUCAAACUGCAAUUUUUGUAAAAGCUACCAUCAAUUCAAAUUGCAAGACAUCAAAAAUGUUUUCCUAAGAUUUAAUACCAACUUUUUGUUUUCCAUGAUUCCAACUGAAUACUGUAUGAUUUUGAGUAAAUGUUAAGUUUCCAUUUUUCCAGUGCGAACUCGCAACAUACUAAAAAAAGAACCUUCUUAGAAUGAGUAUAGUAUAGAUUUGGGACAGGAUUUGAUAUGCAGCGCACACUCCCCCGGCUGCUGUACACCUGCAACGGUUUUUAUUAGGCCUAUUAUGCCAUGUGUGAUAGCUGGGUUGCAGAAGUUCUAAUGCAACCAGCUAUUUGGCUUUGAUCAAGUUUCCUUUAGAGAAAACCACAUUUGAGCAUCUUGAAGUGUUAAUUACUGCUGCACCUGAGGGGGAAGGGGGGCGAAAAGCUGGUUCCAGCUGAUUCCACAGCUCCGUCAGGUGUCCUUGAGCCCACGUUUGUCUUGAUGCAAUGUGUUUGGAAGCUGCUUGAGUCAAUCUGAACAGUAGUAACCAUGUUGGCACUGUGCAGAGAUAACUCUGACUCACCACAGAUUUUUCUUCAUUAUAUUUUUGUUUGUUUUUUGUCUGCUGCUUUUUUAAAAAAUAAACCUUAUAAACUGUAAA